AUGGAUAAAUAUAAAUUCAAAAAUGGAGAAAAUGAAAAUACUUUAUGUAAAAGAAAUCACAAAUUAAUUCAUAUAUCUAAUGUUGUAAACAUUGAUAAAAUAAAAGAGAAUGAAAAUGAAAAAUAUAAUAGACAAAUAUAUUCAAACUUAUCAAUUCCUAAUUUAAAAAAAAUUGAUAUUAGAGAUUUUGAUUAUUACAUUAAUCACAUAACAAAGAUAAAUAAUAUAAAAGAUAUAAAUAGUCAAAAUUUAAAUGAAAUAGACAUACAUCAUUUUGAAGGAAUAUUAAAGAAUCCACAUCAACAUAUUCGAAUAGAAAAAUAUAAAAAAGAAAGUAAAAAAAAAGCAAAUAUAAAUUUUGAUAAAUUGGAAAUAUAUUCUAAAUAUAAGUAUAAUAUUUUUUUUGAUGAAAAUGUAAAAUGUAAUGUAUCAAAUAUUAUGCUACUACAAGAACAUUUAAAUGAAGAUCUUGAUCAUAUUGAAACAUAUUUAAAUUUAUUAAUAUCUAGUGAAUUUCCUGAUUACUUUUAUAUAAUUAUUAUAUUAAAAGAAUUAAAAGAUAAAAUAGAAAGUUUACACAAUGAAGUAAAAUACAUAAAAACCCAAUUAAGUGAUAUAAAAGAAAUAAUUUUAAAACUAAUCCAUAUAAAUAAAUAUAAUGAAUUAAAAAGGAAAUGUGAAAAAAUUAAUUGUAUUUUUAAAAAGUUUAUAUAUUUUCAAAAUUUACUGAAAAAAUUAAAAUUUUAUAUUCAAUCAAAAAAGUUUUACGAAUGCAUAUUUCUUGUGAAUAAAAUCCUUAAAAUGUAUCAUUAUUGCAAAAAUUCUUUAAAUUUUAAUUAUUUUAAAAAUUAUUUUUCCAAUUUUAAUAUAUGUUAUUUAAAAAAUUUUGUGUCUAAAAAUUUAAUUUUUGAGUUUUCUUAUUAUUCUAUUUUAUUUAUAUUUAAUAAAAAUAGAAUAAGUUUAAGAAAAAAGGAAAUAAAUAAUUUAGAUAAACACAAAAGUUCUGGAGUUACGAAAAAAAGAGAAAACAAAAAUAACAAUAAUAAUACAAUAAAUUUACUCGACAUUGAUAAAAAAAUUCAUAAUUUUGUAAGGCUUCAUAAAAUAGCUAAUAGAAAGUUUUUAUAUCAUUAUAGUAAAAAAAAAAAAUAUAAUAAAAUAUAUGGAAGUAAUAAAAAGAUUAAAUCAAAAAAUUAUAUGAGAAGAAAUGUGUAUUCAUUAAUACAUAGAAAUUAUAGAAAAGAAAGAAACAUAUAUGAAAAAGGAAUGAUCAAUUUAAAUACAUUGAUUACACCCAUAUUAUUAUAUGAUGAAUUAUUUGAUCAUUUAGAUAAUUUCUGCAUAAACAAUAAUUAUAUAAAAUGUUUUUUAGAUGAUAUAUUUUUUCAUACAUUGAACGAAUCUAUUUUAAUUAUGCAAAAUGAUAAAAUGUGUGAUAUAAAUAACUUUCCUCAAAAGUGUUCAUUAAGUCUCAAAGAAAGUAAGGUAAAUAAUGAUUCUAAUCAUGUAACUAAAAAUUAUAAAUUAAAUAAUGAAAAUAAAGAAGUAAUAAACAAAAAUAACAAAAGAAAAUUAAUAGAAAACAAAAAUAAGUAUAAUGAUUUAAAUAAAGAAUAUAUUCAGGAAAAUGAUAUAGUCAAAUACAAUAUAAAUUUAAAUAAAAUAAAAUUUUACUGUGAUUCUCUUAUAAUAGAAAAAUGUAAAAAACGUUUAAUGCUAAAUUUCACAAAAAAAUCAAUCACAAAUAACUUAUGUAAAUACAUAUAUUUUUUUCCAAUAUCUCACUUAGUAUCCUUUUUAAAUAAUUUUUUUAUCAAAGCCAAAUUGGUGUAUUUCAAAAUAAAAAGAUGGAUGAGCUUCAUAAUAUUUAAAACAUUUUCAGUUUUUUUUGAUAAUAAUUAUAUAAAUAAUGUAAAAAAAUAUAUUAGUUCUUCUGUUUUUGAUUGCAUAAUAUUUAAAAACAUUCAUCUAAUAAAACAAAUCAAAUUUAUAUUUUUUAGAUAUUUAAAGAAUUAUAUUGACAUUUUCCACAACUUUUUUAACUGUUUUUUAAAAAAAAUUAUAAGAAUAUUUAAUGAAAGAAAGGAAAACCCUAUUCAUUUAAGUAUAAAUCAAGUGAUUCAUUUAUUCUGGAGUACUAUUAAUAUAGUUUAUUUUAUUACAAAAAAUAAAGAGAAACUACCCCAAAACUACUUCAAGGUAUUUUUUUAUUUAUAUUAUAAAUAUUUAUAUAUGAAUAAGAAAUUCUUUAAAAUUAAAAAGAAAAUUAAAAAUAAUAGCUUAUAUUUUAUGAAAAAUAGAACUAAUAAAAUUAUAAAAUGUAAUAGUUUGCUUCUACAAUCAAUUAAAAUGAAAAGACGAAAAAAAAGAGAAUUAAUAAGAUGUAAAUUUUCUAUAAAAAUAAAACUUGUGAAAUAUUAUUUUAAAAUUAUCAGAAAAUUAUAUUAUGUCAAUAAAUACAAUAAGAAUAGGAAGAAAAAAAAAAUUACUAAUAGAUGCAAUUUUUCCGUUUUAGUAAGUGUAAAUAAAAAUUAUAAUAGCAAUAAUACUAGAUGUAAUAAAAAUAAUAAAAAAUAUAGUAGUAGCAAAAAGAAAAGUAGUGAAAAUGCUUACCUUGGAGAAUAUUUUCAUUUAACAAAUAAUUAUAAAAAAAAUAAUAUAAGAAAAAAAAAUAAAAAUAAUAAUUCUCUUAAUGCAGAUGAAGAUUAUUACCUUUCUAGUAAAACCAGCGAAAACUUUUUAAAGAAAAAAAUAAGGAACGGCUUAUUAUAUGAUGAAAAAUUAGAACAAUUAAAAAAAAAACUAAAAGAAAGAAUCAGUCAUAUAAAUACUUUUAUAGAAAAAAAAUCUAUAAAAAAGAUAUUAAAAUAUUUUGAACGCGAAGCACUAAUAUCAAUUGAAAAUUUUUAUGAAUUUAAAAAUAUACAAAUUAAAAAAUUAUUUGAAAUUGAAAAAUGGGAAAUAGUUGAUGUACCUAAUGAGAUAAAUGAGAAAUUAAAAGAAUAUUUUUUUAUUAAUAACGAAUGUAUUAAUAAAAUAUAUAUAAAUAAUAAAUAUUAUUAUAUGACAAAUAGUAAUAUAACUUUUUUAUACACAUUGUUUCAGUACAUAAAAUUUCUUACGUCUCUUCCAUUUAUAUCAAAUGAAAUUUUAAAUAAAAUUUUUCUUUUUUAUGAAUUUUUUUUUCAAAAUAUUCAACAUUUAAUAGUAAAUGGGUAUGCUGUUACCAACAGUUCUCUUAAUAGCAUUACAAUAAAAAUUAUAGCUAUAGUUAUUAAUACGAUUGAUUUCACAUAUUGCAUUUUAAGAUAUAUAUUCACAAUCUUUUAUAAUAUAUUGCAUAUGUCUACUAAGGAAAAAAAAAAAAAAAAAAAUCUUUCAAAAGAGUUGUCUGAAAUUUCAACGAUUUUAUUUUCAAACAAAAAAUUACAAAAACUAUAUUUUGCAAAAUUAAAAGAAAAAUUAAAAUCGAAAAAAAUGAAUACAAAUAUGCAAAUAUAUGCAAAUAAUCUUGAUAUGAAUCUUACAAAUGUUAAUAUUGAGAAAAUUACAAGAUUAAAUAUAGAAAGAAAUCAUUUAUAUAAUGCAAGUAAUAAAAUAAGAAAUUUCCAGAAAAUUAAGAAAAAAAAAAAAAUUAAUAUAGUAAAUUAUUCGGACACUUAUGUUGACAAUAAUUAUAAAAGAAAUAAGAAAAAUUUUAAAAAAAAUUUCUUUAAAAAAGGAAUAGAUGAAAGAACUAAUAUUAACAAAACAAAAAGUAUCUUUGAAGAAUUACUAGUAGAUAUAGAUACUUAUCCUAUAAAAAAUAUAAUAUGCAAUUUUAGAAAACCUUUUGAAAAAUUAUAUUACAAAGAUGAAUAUUUACCCAUUCAUUUUCGAUUUCAAAAUAAUGAUCAAGAAAUAUAUUGCGAAAAAUUUAAGAAUUUAAUAGAUAAAACACUGUUUUUAAAAAAAAAGUUAGAAGAAAAAAUAGUUGAUAUAUUGACAAGGCGUUUUGAUUAUUACUUAAAUAUAUGGAUUUCUUCAGAUAAUUUAAUAAAUAAUGAAAAAGUUAGCUCUAUCAAUUAUGAAUGUGACAUUUUGCCAUUUGGAAUGCAAUUGCAUUCUACAUAUAAGCUUUUGUCAGUAUAUCUACAUGAAGAUAAUACAAAAAACAUCUUUAGUGUCCUUUUUCAAGAUAUAGCUAAUAGAUUUAGGUUAAGAAUAAACAUUUUGAAGGAAAACGAUAAAUAUAAACAAAUUGUAACUAGAUUAAUAGAUAAUAAUAUCUCAGAUCUGUCAGAAAUAGAUAAAUUAAUUUUAAAUUAUUAUAACAGUGAAUUUAAUGAAAAAGUAAGUAGAAUUAUAAAUAAGAAUAUAGGGGAUAAAAUAUUAAUUGAUAUAACAAAUGUUUUAGUUAUAUUAUAUAAAGUACCUUUUCUAUGUGAAAUAUUAGAAAACUUUCUUACAGACUUUUUGCACAUUUGUAAAACGUUUUGGUGUAUAAAAAUUAACCCUUUUAUAAUUUUGAAAAAAUAUAAAAAAUAA